AUGAAAGACGUUGUAGAGAAGAGGGCCAAGGACCCCGUACAAGUAGUGAAACAGUUGCUGCGGACCGUAGUUCGCAUGUUCUACGAGACCGAACACAUUGUGAUCAUGGACGCCCUCUGCUACCAUGGCGCGCUGCCCGUGGCUGACAUGACGAUCAUCCUGGAUGCAGGCAAAAACUCGAAGCACGUGAGUAAGAUUGCGGGUAAGCUGAGAGAGGCAGGCUUGUGUUCAUCCUAUACGCAACAUGUCAUGCGCCAGGGCGCGAACAAGGCAUCCAGCAGAGAGUUCUUCUACAUCGACUGGCGCCAUGCGGUCGACUCGAUCAAGUACAAGAUCUACAAGAUUGACGAGGGCAUCAAGAGAGACGCAAAGCCCACGACCGAGAAGCCCGAGUUCAAGUGCUUGCGCUGUAAAUCGACAUAUACCACGAUGCAGGCACUGGACCACCCCGAUGACAACCCUGGGCCGGACGACAGUGGUUUCAUUUGCGCAAGAUGCGGGUUCCGACUAGACGAGAUCGAUCCAGACGCCCAAGCAGACGAUAUCGACGAUACUCCCGCCAAGUUCAACAAGCUGUUUGGUCCGCUCAUUGAGACCAUGAAGGAGAUUGAGAGCAUGGGCAGUCUUCCAGCCAUGGAGCCGGCAGAUAUCAUUAGCGAGAGGAUUGAGCUACCCCGCGACAGGAACGUCGAUCCAGGCACCCAGGUUGAGGUCAUUGAGACGACCGUCUCACGACCGACUGCUGUCAAGGGCAUUGACACGGGUCCAGAGAAGAUCAGCGUACAGAUUGGAUCAAGUGCCGAGCAGAACGAGAAGCAGCGGAUGGCAGAGAAGGCUCGCCAGGAGAAGAUUUCCAUGCAAAACCAGCUGCCUUCAUGGCACACUCAGUCUACUGUGAUCAAGGAUGCUGCUGGAAACGCUGCGGCCGUCAAGCAAGAAGACAACGGAGUAGACACACCCGCAAUCAAGAUAGAAGGCGGGGACCCGAUUGCCACCAACCAAAACCUCGAUGCGGUCUUUGCGCAAAUCGAGGCCGAGCGUCGCAGGAAGGAACAGGAAGAGGAAGACGACGACGAAGACGACGACGAGGACGAGUUUGAAGACGUUGAUGUCGGUACGCCGAGUGCUCUUCCGGAUGCGAAGCGCGUCAAGUUGGAAUCGUCGGCUGCUCCCACGCCCUCGGCUGCCGCAACCCCAGCAGUGAUUACUCCGGCUGCGUCAAACGGGGGAGAUGAGAGCGAAGAGGACGAGUUUGAGGACGUGAAUUGA